GACGGAGGCUAGGAAGGGGAAGGUGCGAGUUUGCCUGAAGCUGGUCGAAGCUACCCUUGCGGAUCUACGGCACUACGGCGGCAGGUGGGACCCGGAAUCUCCCUUUUGCCUCCUUCCCCUCCAACAAUUCCACCCGAAAAAAAAAAUUGAAUAAAAAAUAUCGCCAAGUCGGACGACUCGAUCGGACAACCUCUUCAUUUCUCCUUCACCAUCAUCCAUACACACGCACAUACACACAAGUACACUCACCUACCUGUCGCCCAUCUCCCGCCACCCCUUGACGACGAGGACGCGGUAGCCAGAUUCAACCAGGCCGGCCCUCUUCAAGCAACCCUCCACCGAUACAGAAGGGGAUAUCCCGUUGGCCGAAUAGCGCCGUCACCAUGGCUAAGCUAGUGAGCCCGCCUUUCGUGUGCCUUCGGUGCCGCCUCGCCCGGCCGCGAAGACCGCAGCGUUUCUUCCCAGGUUCUACCUUAUCGCGGCUGGCCUCGACUUCUAGCGCUAGCUCUAUACCGACCUCGGGCGACGCCAACGACCUUCCCAUCACGUCGCGGCCUACCACCGCCCCCAAGCCCAACAUUGACACCAAACACAUCCGCCAGAACGUCUCGUUAUACGAACAGAACUCCCUCGAGAGGAACUACAAGGCCCAGAGUGCGUACCCUGCUCGCAUCGCCGAGCUAUUCGCCCAAUGGCAAGCCCGGCAGAGAGACGGCCGUACCUUGCGCGAACGAGGUAACUACCUACGCCGACAGAUCGCAAACCCGACUAGCAUCCAACACGAGGACGAAGACGAAGCAGCAGAGUCCCGGGGCGGCCAAUCCACCGCAGAGUCGAAAGCAGGCGACACCGGCAUCGCCGCGGGACCAGAUACAAAGACCAUGACAAAAGCCCAGCUCAUCGAGGAGGCACGUGUCGUCAAGGAAAGGCUUUCGAGUAUCGAGCAAGAUGAAACGCAUCUCGAGGCUCAGAUCGCGGAGCUCUCCCUAGCCAUCCCGAACCUGACAAGCGCCGAGACGCCCCGCGGCGACGAACCUCGCGUCCUGAGGUACAUAAACGAGCAGCCGGUGUUGGAAUCGUCGUCGUCGUCAGAUCCCGUAUGGAGAUCGCACGUACACAUCGGGUCAGAGCUCGGAAUCCUCGACUUUGCUGCCGCGGCUACGACGUCGGGCUGGGGGUGGUACUACCUGCUGGACGCGGGCGCGCAGCUGGAGCAGGCGCUGAUCAGCUACGCGCUCCACACGGUGGCGAGUAGGAAGUCGGGCUGGCGGCAGGUCGCGCCGCCUAGCAUCGUCUACAGCCACAUCGCCGCCGCCUGCGGGUUCCAGCCGCGCGACCAGCACGGCGAGCAGCAGGUGUACGGGCUGGCGCGGUCGGCCGCCGACGCGCAGCAUAGCAAGCCCGAGCUCUGCCUCUCGGGCACCGCGGAGAUCCCGCUAGCGGGCCUCAAGGCCAACACCGUGAUCGAGGAAGCCGAGCUGCCCAUCAAGCGCGUCGCCGUGUCGCGGUGCUACCGCGCCGAGGCGGGCGGGCGCGGGGCCGACACGAAAGGCCUGUACCGCGUGCACGAGUUCACCAAGGUCGAGAUGUUCGCGUGGACGCCGCCCGACGAGGGCGCGACGGCGGCCGUGUUCGACGAGAUCCUCGACAUCCAGACGCAGAUCCUGCGCGAGCUCGGGCUGCACUGCCGCGUGCUCGAGAUGCCGAGCACCGACCUCGGCGCGUCGGCGUACCGCAAGUGCGACAUCGAGGCCUUCUUCCCGAGCCGGCGCCAGCCCCAGCGCGGCGACGAGGGCUGGGGCGAGGUGACGAGCGCGAGCAUCUGCACCGACUACCAGGCGCGGCGGCUCGCGACGCGCCUGCGGCCCUCGGCGCCCACCGCCUCGGGCGCCAAGACGGCGUACCCCUGGACCGUGAACGGUACCGCGCUCGCUGUGCCUCGCGUCCUGGCCGCGGUGCUGGAGAAGGGGUGGGACGAGGAGGAGAAGACGGUCGCGAUCCCCGACUGCCUCGUGCCGUGGAUGGGGGGCAAGAAGGAGAUUGGCGUGAAGGACUGGCAGCAGUAGGGGAGACCGAGCAAGGGGAAGAAAUAUAGAGGGAGAGAAAAAAAAGGCAACUGAAGAAAGCUUCACUCUAGUUGUAUGAACCGGACAA